UCAUAUUACAAAAUAUUUUUUUAUUUUACUCAACUAUUGAUGGAGGGCUGUUCUAUUGAUUUUAAAGGCCAACUUCUCUAUCAAUGAUUAGAAGUAGUGCAGUGGCAUUCAAAUCUCAGUCUGUGAUGACCUUUCGCAGGUAAGGUUAGUAAGGGCGUCUGUCUUACGAAGGACGACAUUGAACUUAUUUUAACUUGUACAAGGGUUACAUUCACUCCAGAGUUGAAUUAGAAGGAUGAGUAUGAAUAUUUCCUUGGUACAAAGGACGGUAAUGUACAAAAUGUCAAAGUAGAAGGACCUCAAUUUUACUUUAACCGUUUUUUCCUGUCAACUCUGGCCUUUUUAAUAUUAUUUUUUUUACUAAUUUCCUCAAUCGAAACGCAACAGCGAGUGUGCUUUUGACACGUAGUUAUAAAGUUGACUAUCUUCCACGUGGACCAAUAGAUGAACCGCGAUGACGUCGCAACUCCCCUUAAAGUGUCGUCAGCUCCUCCUAAGAAUUUGGGGCUCAAUCUAAAAUCUGAAGACGUUCAGAGCAGAAGAACAAAACGAUUAACCGGUGAAAAUGGCAAAGUUAACUCCGUCCACCGGGCAAUUCUCCGUUGAAGAUGAGUGGGUGGUCGUCAGCUCCUUUGAUACUGACUCCGACGGCGUCAUUUCCCUCGAUGAUGACGACGCUGAUUCCUUGGAGCGGUCAGCUCUUUCUUCCUCCUCUGGGAACCAUCAAGGUCUUGGUUCGGUUCAAGGUCAUGACGGAGCUGAUCAAACCUUGGGUCCAGUUCAGGAUCUUGAUGGGGUCGAUCAUAUUUUGGGUUCGAUUCAAGAUCUUGACGGAGUGGAGGAAUCGGCUGGGAUUAUUCAUGAUUUUGGUGGCGUUGAUGAAACCCUUGAUGUAAUUCGGGGUCGUGGUGGUACUUUCGAUCAGUAUGGUACGUACUAUGAUGGGGGCACUCAUCAAGAGAAGGAAGAUUUGGAUGAGGAUUAUGACAAGGGGGAUGAGGCGUAUGGGUUGGAUGACGAAUUGGUGCCGUGGGCGGUUAGUGGGAAAUUUGGGAGGCAGAGGAUGAGGAAGUUGGGGAAGAGGGCGUGUGCAAAGAUGCAUACUUCCAAGAGGCCGCCUUAUUUGUAUGUGAAGCCUGGUUGUGUUCGCGGAAAGCAUGGGUUAGGGUUGAAGCACAAUUACUGAUAGAAAGACAUUUGGGAGAGAUUUGCGGAGGAAAUGGGAAUAGGCGUAUAGGCAUCUGAUUUGAAUUGGGGUGCUAUUCCUUGGAAUCUUGAUUUGGUUUCAG